GUUGUGUCACCAUCCCUGGAGUGCCCCAUGCCCAGAGGCAGCAGAUGUCCAACGGCAGCUCCAUCACCCAGUUCCUCCUCCUGCCCUUCGCAGCCACGCGGGAGCUGCAGCUCUGCCACUUCUGGCUCUUCCUGGGCAUCUCCCUGGCUGCAAUCCUGGGCAACGGCCUCAUCAUCACCAGCACAGCCUGCGACCGGCACCUCCACACCCCCAUGUACUUCUUCCUCCUCAACCUCUCCCUGCUGGACCUGGGCUGCAUCUGCACCACUGUCCCCAAAUCCAUGGCCAAUUCCCUCUGGAACACCAGGGCCAUCUCCUACACAGGCUGUGCUGCACAGCUCUUUUUCUUUGUCUUUUUUAUCACAUCUGAGAUUUAUCUCCUCACCAUUAUGUCCUACGACCGCUAUGUGGCCAUCUGCAAGCCCCUGCACUACGGGACCCUCCUGGGCAGCAGAGCUUGUGUCCACAUGGCAGCAGCUGCCUGGGGCGCUGGGUUUCUCACUGCUCUGCUGCACACAGCCAAUACGUUUUCACUGCCCCUCUGCCGAGGCAAUGCUGUGGAGCAGUUCUUCUGUGAAAUCCCCCAGAUCCUCAAGCUCUCCUGCUCACAUUCCUACCUCAGGGAAGUUGGGCUGCUUGGGGUUGGUGCCUGUCUCACAUUUGGCUGUUUUGUGUUCAUUGUGGGGUCCUAUGUGCAGAUCUUCAGGGCUGUGCUGAGGAUCCCCUGUGAGCAGGGACGCCACAAAGCCUUUUCCACGUGCCUCCCUCCCUUGGCCGUGCUUUCCUUGCUUCUCAGCACUUCAGGAUUUGCCUACCUGAAGCCCCUCUCUGCGUCCUCCCCAUCCCUGGAUCUGGUGCUGUCAGUGCUGUACUCGGUGGUGCCUCCAGCAGUGAACCCCCUCAUCUACAGCCUGAGGAACCAGGAGCUCAAGGAUGCUGUGAGGAAGCUGGUGGCUGGAUGUGUGUCCUGGUUUCAGCAGUAG